GGGCCUUCCGGGGGGCGGUCCCCGGGCGGCAACUUCCGGGGCGGGGCUGAGGCGAAGAUGGCGCAGGCGCCGGUGCUGCGGAUCCAGAGCGACUGGGACCAGGUCUUGAGGAGAAAUGAGGAGGAGGUUUGGCUGAGCUGCAGGAGUCCAGGGAAAUCAACUUUAUAUGGAACUCUGACUUGUCACGGUUUGAGCCCAGAUGGGAUUCCUGAAAUUGUAGCCUCCGAAGGAUUUGAAGUCAGCGCAGUAACUAAGAAAAGUUUGCUUGUCUCCUGCUUGCGGGAAAACACCUCUAGCCAGUUUCUGGCACCCUAUACUUCCUUCUGCAGGAUCCAUCAGAAAAGUAUCACCUGCCUUGACAUUUCGAGCGGAGGAGGGCUUGGCGUCUCCACCAGCGCUGACGGCACUAUGAAAAUUUGGCAAGCCGCUAACGGGGAAGUUAGAAGGAAUUUGGAAGGUCACAUAUACGAUGUGAAUUGUUGUCGGUUUUUCCCAUCGGGCAUCGUGGUGCUGAGCGGAGGGAUGGACGCCCGGCUAAAGAUCUGGUCUGCAGAGGACGGGAGCUGCGUCGCAACUUUUCAAGGACACAAAGCAGGAAUCCUGGACACGGCCAUUGUGGAGAGAGGCAGGAACGUGAUCUCUAGCUCGCGGGAUGGCACGGCGCGCCUUUGGGAUUGCGGGCGAUCAACUUGCCUGGGCAUCGUAGCCGAUUGCGGCUCUCCGAUCAAUGGGAUUGCUCUGAAUGCCACAGACAACUCUUUAAACUUGGGGUCCCCUGAAGAACUUCCCAGUGAGCGCGAAGUUGGCACGGAAGGAAAGCUGUUGCUGUUGGCUCGGGAGGACAAAAAGUUGCAAGGCGUGGGGUUACAAAGCAGGCAGCCGGUUUUUCUUUUUAUCAGUUCGGCUGCUUUCAACUGUUGCACUUUCCUCUCUAACACGUAUCUGCUGGGAGGGACGCAGGAUGGGAGCAUCUACCAGCUGGAUGUCCGAAACACCAAAGCUCCCAUUCGAGUGAUCCAGAGAUCAGGCGCCCCGGUCCUUUCUCUGAUGCCUUACAAAGAUGGAUUUAUUGCCAGCCAAGGUGAUGGGACUUGUUUUAUUAUGCAGCAGGAUCUCGACCACGUGCUUGAGCUGACCGGACCUGACUGUGAUCCUGUGUACAAAGUAGCUCCCUGGGGGAAAGAAAUCUACACCUGCUGCCGAGAUGGGAUCCUUCGGAGAUACCAGCUUUCCGAUCUCUGAUCCGCCUGGAAAGUUCAACAGCGGAUUUGCAAAUGCUGGAUUUAGUUCAGGGAUUUCUCCCAAUGACUGUUUGGAAAAGGGCCAACAGGGCACCUGUUUGUAGUCCUCUAUAGCACGGCUCUAUCUAUACAGUCGCUUGAACAGAGCUGAUGACAGGUAUGACUUUAAGAAAACCUCACCUGAACUCGGGGCUGAACCGGGUAUUCCUGCAAAAACAAGACACAGGAUGCCUGAAAAUUUUUUGCUCCGAAGGUUUCUUGUUAUUAAAGGCCACCUUGCAUUUGGAAAAGCACAA